ACGGAGCAGAGACUCAGCCUGAAUCACUGUGGAUAUUUCGGGGAGGUUUAGCAGAGAAAACACGCAGAAAAGCAGGAUAAACACCGGGAAAAAGGGAGAUUUACCCCGGUGUGUUGCUGCAGGAUGGCGGACCGGGACCCGGUUCCUCUGCCGGCGGAGGUUCGGGCCAGACUGGCCGAAUUGGAGCUGGAGUUAUCCGAGGGUGAUAUCACACAGAAGGGCUAUGAGAAGAAACGGUCCAAGCUGAUUGGAGCUUUCUUCCCACAAACUCCAGGAAUGGACCCCCCGCAGGGCCAGGAGAGGAGAGGUCCGGUCACCCCCUCCUCGUCCUCACGGUACCACCGCCGGCGCUCCUCUGGAUCCAGAGACGAGCGGUACCGAUCAGAUGUUCACACAGAGGCGGUGCAGGCGGCCCUCGCCAAACACAAAGAGAGGAAGUUGGCGGUGCCGAUGCCUUCCAAGAGGCGGUCGCUGGUGGUCCAGACCUCCAUGGACGCCUACACACCACCAG